AUGGCCAACACCUCGCUUCUUCUGGACUUGCCGGCCGAGCUCCGCAACACGAUCUACCAACUUGCUCUCACCCACUCAGAGCCGCUGCAUUACCGCAUGCCUAAGGAUGGUGAAGACAAGCCGUACCUCUACCAUCGCGAGGCACCUUUCCAGCAGGGGGAUGACGAGAAGCUUGUCGAAUACAACCAGCUCAAGUAUGUUAACAAGCAGUUGUAUGCAGAGACUGCUGGUUUGGAGCUCAAGUUCAACGACGUCACAUUGUCUGAGGGUUCGGGACAUGAGUCUCCGUCCGACAUGCUUACUGCCUGGGUGUCGUCGAUAUCUAUUGCCAAAAGGUCCUGGAUCAAGACCAUCAGCAUCAAAUGCGACAAGUAUGACCCAAAGUGCUUCGAUAGUGAGAGCGCGGAGGCUGUCGCACGCCUCGCACGACUCUGCAACGACAUCCCCACUAUGAGAGUCAAGUGUUAUAACCCUUUUUGGACAUACGCCAACCGCCGGCACUACGACGUUGUCUUCUUCUUUAUGGCGGCUCUAUCCAUUUACUAUGCAUACCGUGGCGAAACCACCAAAUACCUUAUUUUCGACGAAUCCGAACAUACUAUGUUGAAAGAAUCUGGAAAGAAAUGGAGAGAGCCAUGUAAAGGCCCAAAGGUACACUUGGCGCAACUGCAGGCCGAGAACUUAAGGUACUUCCCCACCUUACCUGCGAACUUCACAGUACCCGUCAUCAAGGCAAAUCACAGAGUUGCGGAAGAUGGCGAGGUUAUUCCAGAGGCAGAGCAGUGGAUCGGCAACAAGUACUUGAGAGAGUGGAUGGAGUAUGGUAUCUAG